AUGCCAGUCUCCGUACCUCGUCAGACAAAGCCCCAGGCUCAUAUCGUCGACAAAUCUUCUCAGCGUGCUCCCGGCCACUCGAUUUCCACCCAGUGCGUCACAGGCCCCCUGCCUGCUCCCCCAGCGGCUCCGUUUUCCUCCUUGAGCGCUUGCGAAGAGUGGCUCGUCUCGCUGCCUUCCUGGAGGACGAGCAAGCAGCGCCUCAGCUCCGACGAGGUCGGUCUGCCUCCCCAACACUCAGAGACGCAGGAUUUUUACCUAGGGUUGACUGCCGCGGCGAACGCGCCAGUCAUUAAAGGGUCACACGCUGAAGCGUGUAUCCCGCCCAUGAAUAGUAAUCCGUUCGAGUAUCGUCAGGAGGCCACCCGGGCCCCCCGACAUUUCGAUCUAGGCCACGCCCGGUUCGAUAUGGACGUUGAGGCAGUGAACUCUGCUUACCCCUCCGCCCAUCAACUACAAUGGGAUGACACCCUUCUCGCCAGUCGGGAUGCGGUAGAUGCCAUGGUAGAGGAUGACCCCCGCGGUUUCACCUCCAAUCCUUCUCCUAUCCAGUAUCUGACGGAUUCGGCAAGUUACAAUCGAUCCUGCCAGGCCGGUGCUUUCUCUCCCAUCUUCCAUGAUCAGUCCCCAGGUUCGGCCAGUGGCCCGGAAACGGGAUCAAGUCCUCUGGAACCUGUCACGCCUUUCGGCGAGUUCGUCGAUCGUGCUGUCGCUCAAGCGCAGCCUGCCCCUCUGGACAAUCAGUAUGCGGAACGCAGCAUCACCCACGACUACUACCGACCAGCGUUUGAGACUUACCAAGUGGCCCCAGUUUAUCCUACCAUAGCCGACGAGCCGAAGCAACAGGAUCCUGUUGCUGACACUGUCCCUCCAACCACAUCUGUAGGCUACAAAAAGCUCUCGCAACCACUGUCCGAAUGGGUAGCUGUCUAUGUUUGGAAGGUAUGUACCACUGGAUUUAGCUUGCCGGAAGCCUUCUCCCGACCUGCAAUGAACGCUGCCGCAUAUGCUACCGUUUCAAUGCCGGAUUACUUGGCUCCGUCUAUCCAUUCCUUACUGCUUUCUACUCUCUUGCAACCUUCUGCCGUGUUUUUGGCGGUUUGGUACAUCGUUCGCCUUCCUGUUUACUUUGCCGCUGCCCCUCUUGGCGAAGAGUUUGUCAAGGAGAAGGCAUUUAGAGCCGCUCUAUUGGGGGAUGGGAUCGGAUCUUUGGAACAUCGUACAGCAGACGCAAACCCCGUUUUCCGCGUUGUAGUCCUUGGAUGUAUGUUGGCUAACAAAUGGCUUGACGACCACACAUUUAGCAACAAGACUUGGCAUUCGAUCUCAAACAUCUCUGUGCAGACGUUGAAUUGUCUUGAGGCCCUUGCCCUCGACAUCUUCAGCUACGAUCUGUCCAUCUCCAACGCACAGUGGUCGCAAUGGUUGUCUCACAUUCUUUCUUACCACUUGUCGCUGUCCUCUCCUUCCUACCCACAGCCAAUCUCACGGCCAUCUUCGAACCCUCACUCGAUCAUUCGCAAGUCGAUCGAAGGGAUCAUCAAUGUGCCAACUAACGUCAAGUCCGCUUGCAACGUGCCCCAGCCCGUUUUCCUUGGCAUUGAAGAGAGGCUUCGAGAGAGAGAGGAGAAGGAACAAGCAGCCUUGGCGAUGGAUCUCGAAAUAGACCUUGACGAAGAUGGUCCCCUUCGCGAGGAAUAUCUGCCAAAACGUCGUGCCAGCAAAUUAGCGUCGCAAAAUGCGCAAGCCCACAGUGGACAGGUUGCCGAUAGGUGGAACAAGUCGGAGAUGUCUGUCAAAGCGUUGCCACCCCCAGCAAAAUGGAGCCCGUCGGGGGAUGAGCCUAUCCUCCGGGACAGGAAUCGUUCCAAUGGACAUUACGUCGCAGUUCAAGCGCCCCCGCUAGCUUCCUCUACCACGUACCCCAUAUGCCGGCCGCGCGAUGUACCAUACAACCAGACCUGGAACUUCGGAUAUCUGCCCGUGAAGCAACCUGCAGCGAGCCUUGCAUAUGACGUGCCUAAUAUGUACAUAGGCGGUUACAACCCGUUCAACCAUGGUUUCUCGCAGAUUCCCCACUCACGCUCUCAUUCGCUGUCCUAUGAUCAAGAUACUUUAUUGUCGCAUAACCAUAUGCGCUCGUUCUCUCAAUCGCGCUUCUGUGGGGAUCACGCUCCUAUUCAUGAAAGCGAGCCUAGAUGGAGAGACUCUGCUGCUGGCCACUACCCCUAUCAUGGCCCUGCCUAUGUACACAUACCCACUGUGGGCAUGCAACCCGCCUGGUGA